UUGUUCUACAGUGCUCGGGAAAGGGUAUAAGUCACGUUCAUUAAUCAGCACAGCAUGGCGGGUGCACCUAGCAUUGUUUCCUCCACCCAGAUCCUGGAUAUCCCACCCGUGGUGAUGGAGGAGUUCUGUCGUUGUAUGGACUGCCUCAGCGAAUCAGAGUGGAUGCGUUUUGCAUCCCAUGUGGCCAGUGACCUUAUUACGCUCAGAAGCAUGCAAUUGUUGCAGAAGACAGGGAUCAGCGUGACCAGGGAGUUGUUAUGGUCUUGGGGACAGAGACGUACAACUGUGAAGGACCUGAAAGAUAUUCUCCAGAACCUAAAACUGUACAGAGCCUUGGACAUUUUACUACAAUGGACUCCGCCAUCUCCAACUACAUCCGAAGGCAGAAGAGAAACAGACGCAUCUACUAGAGAGAAAAAUAAAGAAUUGAAAAGCCAAGUCUCUUCCAGUUCAGAUGCUCCUCAACCCCUUCCAUCGCUUCUUCUUCCUCCACCUCCACCAUUGGAUCUAACCAAAUCCCUGCAGACAAACUCGGACAUGGAUUCUGUGUCACCCAGCCAAGAGACUCUGAGCAUCCCAAUGCAGGAAUGUAACCUGUACGAGGACACAUUCUGCCAACGUUGGACUUCAGGGGAGGUUGAAAAAGCCACAGAGGGAUUCAGCAGCAGCAAGAUGAUACACAGCGGAGAAUUUGCUGAUGUUUUCAUCGGUUGGAAAGCAGACAAAUUGUAUGCAAUAAAACGUCUUAAACAGGAAGAGAGUGAGAAGAAGAACAGGGCGCACUCCUACUUCAACACAGAGACACAGAUUAGAUCUCGCUGCAAUCAUCGGAAUAUCCUGUUUCUGGACGAUUUCUGCUCGCAGGGCGGACCUUUCUGCCUCAUAUACAAGUUCAUGAAAAACGGAUCCCUGGAUGCUGCGUUAGAGAAGACCGGAGCAGACACUCUCAGCUGGGAGAAGAGGAUGAACAUUGCUGUGGGUCUUCUACAAGCCGUCGGUCACUUACACAAUGCUGAUAUAUUACAUGGAAAUAUCAAAAGCUCCAAUGUCUUCUUAGACGAGGAUUUCUCUCCUAAACUUGGUCACUCCGGACUUCGUUUCUGUCCAGACAGAACUGCUGAGUACACUCAGGCGAAAACCAAAGACAUACAAAAGUACAAUUCCUACCUUCCAGACAGCUUUUUGCGGACCGGACUUCUCACUAAACAAACAGACGUAUUCUCUUGUGGAGUGGUUCUGGGAGAAAUCAUGACUGGCCUGAAGCCAUACGAUCAUAGCAGACAGCCUGCGUACUUGAAAUAUUUACUUAUAGAAGAAAUGGACCGUGUAACAGGACAGGUGGACUCCAAAUCGAAACAGGCGGAGGCAGAGUCCGCAGCAAGCGUGUGCGCACGACACAUAAGCCAGAAGUACACGGAUAGGAGGAGAGGAUGGCUGGAUGAAAGUGCUGCAUUACACUUUGCAUCUGCAAUCUGCUUGUGUCUGACCAAGAAGAAAAUAGACAUAUCAGAGGUUUAUACAGUGCUGGAAAAAGCUAAAAAAGAGUUUCAAAGGAAUACAGAGCUUACAGACAGCCAGUUGUCUCCAGAAAAGAGAGUGGUCUCCUUAAAUGUCCCAGAAGAAAUUGACUAUGAUGCAUACGGAUCCUCUGAGCACUCAGAAGAUGCCAUGCUUGAAGUGACCGGUUCCUCAAGAACGCCAGAUUCUACAGAUUUACAGAUUACAAGAAAACAAUAUUCUGCAGCUGCCAAUCAUGAUUCCACAAGGAACCCAUGUGAAGCUGAUGAAUCACCUACCGGGGACGAAAACGUUCAUUCGUCACUAGGGGGGGCAUCUUCUAAUUAUCAGCCAACAUCAUCAACUGCUGGAUAUCAAACUACGGGACAUGUAAAGAGCAGGGAAAGCCAAGAACACCAUGGCCCAUGUGAAGCUUCGGAUACAUCUUUUUUAUCUUCAGGAAGAAGUUUUCCAUCAUGGGGUAUUGUGGUGAACGAUCAGAAGAAGAAACUAAUGGAAAAUAUUGCAAUGUAUGAGGACGAGAGGCUGGACAGCUCAGACAUGUUUGAUUGCUCGUGAGCGUUAAAAGAUCACUUCCUAAGGUUUAUCCUUGCCAAGUUUCAUAAAUUACUCCAAGGAACGUUUGCAAAGAGUUAAACUUUAAGUAGUAGUUCUUCUUUACUUGAUUUAGUAGCACUCACAGAGAAGAACAUUUGAGUUUGAGAAGAAAAAUGGCAGACAAAAACUAAAUGCAAAUGAAAACCGAGCAUUCCGAGUUAUAAUAACCCAAAGACUGAUGGGAAGAAAGACCGCGGAGAUGAGAAAAUGUGUGAAAUUCACCGUUUGUGCAACAAGGAGAUCUGGAUCUUAUGGUAGAUCUUCGGGAGCCGUUAACAAUGUCUGCGAGACAUUUCAUUUACGUUUACAGUUAUUCAAGUGUACAGAAGGGAUACUCACCGGACGGCUCGCUCUCUAGCCAGAAUUAUGAGCUACCUAUAUUGGAGUUUCUUGGCAAAUAUUUUAUAGGGCUGGAGAGUGGGAUCAGCAAAGGAUCAGCAGGUAUUCCUGAUACCCUCUAUCAUGUGAGCGCAAUCAUAAAAACGUUUCUACCAGACAGCCGACGUGUAUAUAAGUACAAUGCCCUCUCCAGCCCUUCCAAGAUGAUAAGAGACUUAUAAUCAGAAAUGCAGGGGCAGGGUUGUUUAGAGGUGUGAUUUUUCUAAUAAAAGGAGA